AUGACAGACCCGCUUCUAUUCUUGUCCCGCUCAUCGCUCGACGGUCGGGACACACGCAUACACACCCUCUCUGAUAAACUCUGGCCGUUGGACGGGUCCCCGCGUCAUCGCCCCAGUCGACCACCCAGCCACCGUCUCCUUUUCCGCUCCGCUCUCCACGUGCUAAUUGGACAGCUUCGAUUUUACCGAUUUGAUUUGACCCUUCUCCUCUCCUCUUCAGACUUAGACUUCAACUUCCAUCUCCAACCACUACCUAAUUUUCACCACCAUUCUCUGGGGAACCGCAAUCCUUCUCGUCCUGUUGUCUUCAGUUCGCGCAUUCUUCGAAGUCAUCAGAGCGCUACCUCUCUCAAACGUCAUCCCUCCGCCCCCGUCUACCCCCGUUCUUCCCCUAGCGAUAGUCGCGAGCACGUUCGCUCGCGAUCCAACGCUUCAGCCGCCUUUGGCUCUUCAUCCUCCUCGCUCGAUCACAGUGGCGGUCCGUCCCCUAUCCAGGACGAGGGGUCUUACUUCUCCGGCUACAGUUCCUCCCGCUCCCGCACUCGCUCGAAUCGCUUCUCUUACGAUCAACAAAGUUCGGAUGAAUUAAACGCCCCCUUCGAGACGCGGGGCAUGCUCAGUGCGUUGGAUGAGAACAGCGCCGAGACCGAUAUUCAUACUCAGCAACUUCCGCCCUCGCUCUCGCAUCAUACGAGUCCCGAUCCACGCGGUCGCCAACCUCUUCGACAGUCAGCCAGCUUCACCACUCUCCCGAACCGAAUGGAUCCCUUCGCUCACCGCGAAACCGAACGACCUCCUCAUUCUAAGCGCUACUCCGACGAGGGCACUAUCACCAAUGGUCCGCCAGGCCCAACGCCCACGGCGGCCAAGAGACAGAGCAAGAAGGCGAGCUUCUCUAGCUUCGUGAACAGCAUGUUGGGCUCCCCUCGCAAUAUCAAGAUUUCCGCCCCGGAGAACCCUGUUCAUGUCACUCACGUCGGUUACGAUAACCAAACUGGUCAAUUCACCGGUCUUCCCAAGGAGUGGCAGCGCUUACUCCAGGAAAACGGAAUAUCCAAGAAGGAACAGGAAGAGCACCCGCAAACAAUGAUGGAUAUCAUGCGAUUCUACGAGAAGAAUACUCGUGAAGAUGACGAUGAAGUCUGGCACAAGUUCGACAACGCACACGGCGGAAACACCAGCAGCGGUAAUAGUAACAACGCCAAUAACAACAACGGUCGCAGUACCUCGCCUCCCGGAAGUCCGCGUUUCCCUCAGAAUCACGAAUGGAGUUUUGAGAACCCACGAGCCCCUCCUCCAAUUCCUCGCGGCGCCCCAGCAAAUCCAUCACAGCAAGUGCCGCAAGUGCCAACUAUGUCACCGCCGUUGGGUGGUCUGGUGCCACAUCGUGCCCCUCCCAAGCCACCAACCAAUAUGACGCCUGCCCGUCCGCCGCCACAACCCCCCCAGCCAAUUCAUUCGGUUUCUCCCCAGCUCAGUCGCUCAAGCUCUCGUAAUGGCGGUCCUCCAACCAAAGCACCGGGUAUCGUCUCCAACCCGACCCAGUACCAGCAACAACAGGAGCAGGUUAUGGCAGCUGCAAAACAGGCCAUUGCAUCAAAACAACUGGAUCGCAGUACCAGCCAACGCCAGCAAGCACAACAACCCCCGGCGCUUGCGACUAAUAUUGGUCCUUCCACCGGAGAUCCUGCAUCGGCGGGCGCAUCGCCAUCGACGCGCGCACCUCCGGCUGCCAGGCCCCGCCAACGCCAGCGCCAGAGUAAUAUCAUGGAUGUCCGAGCACGUCUGUUACAAAUCUGCCAUCCGGGCGACCCUACCCUGAUAUAUCAUACUCUCAACAAGAUUGGUCAAGGUGCAUCUGGUGGGGUGUUCACGGCUUACGAGACCGGAACAAAUAAUUGCGUUGCUAUCAAGCAGAUGAAUCUCGAUCUCCAGCCCAAGAAGGACCUAAUUAUCAACGAGAUUAUUGUCAUGAAAGACAGCAAACACAAGAACAUUGUCAAUUUCUUGGAGAGUUAUCUCAACGGAAUUGACCUCUGGGUAGUUAUGGAAUACAUGGAAGGUGGCAGUCUCACGGAUGUGGUGACUUUCAACAUCAUGAGUGAAGGCCAAAUCGCGGCUGUCUGCCGAGAGACACUGAAUGGAUUGCAACACCUCCACUCGAAGGGUGUUAUUCACCGAGAUAUCAAGUCCGAUAACAUUCUGCUAUCCAUGGAGGGUAACAUCAAGCUGACCGAUUUUGGCUUCUGUGCGCAAAUUAAUGAUUCGCACAAUAAGCGCAACACAAUGGUCGGCACUCCAUACUGGAUGGCACCGGAGGUUGUCACCCGUAAGGAGUAUGGACGCAAGGUCGACAUCUGGAGUUUGGGUAUUAUGGCCAUCGAGAUGAUUGAGGGAGAGCCGCCAUAUCUGACUGAGUCGCCCCUGCGGGCUCUCUACCUGAUUGCUACAAACGGCACACCCACAAUCAAGGAUGAAAAUAAUCUUUCCCACAUCUUCCGUGACUUCUUGCAUUUGGCCCUCAAGGUCGACCCGGAGAAGCGAGCUUCAGCUCAUGACCUACUGAAGCAUCCGUUCAUGUCUCUAUGCUCGCCUCUCACCCACCUUGCGCCCCUUGUGAAGGCUGCGAGAAUCAGCCGUGCCCAAGAAAAGGCGCAGAAGGGCUGA